CUCCGCGGGGACGCGCAUGGAGGGGGAAUAGGAAGAAGGAAGAGAGGACGCUGAACAAACUUGAUAACUUCUAGCUGACUUGCUAGAAAUCUGUCUGUGUGACAGUGGAACUGGCUACUUAUUUCUGUGUAGAUUUUGUUAGCGAACAAAGGCCCCGUCUAAAUUCAGUCACCGUUGUCUCAACUCACCACACGACCCGACCGGCGGACCCGGGCAGCAGUUUUCAAACAGACGUUGCACUUGCUCGGUCGACCCGAAGCCAUCCAACGUCACAAAGUCACAUUUAUUUGCUUUUGUUGAAGUGCAGGGAUAACCAGUACAUUGAAGUAACGCUGUACACAAGCAGCUCGCUGGUUAAAGGCUCGGAGUCUUCCUCUUGGUGGGAAAACUUAUCCGCGGUCGGUGCUGUUGGAGGAAGAGACGAGGCCUUGCAGUUGAGGAGGCUGCAUGUGUUGAAGACCGCUGCUGGCGACGUUAUCUGAGCACUCAUAAACAUGUCGGCCCAGGCACAGAUGCGAGCGAUGCUGGACCAGCUCAUGGGGACGGGGAGAGACGGUGACACCAUGCGGCAGAGAAUCAAAUUCACAGAUGAGCGAGUCUGCAAAAGUCACCUCUUGGAUUCAUGUCCUCAUGACAUCCUCUCAGGCACCAGAAUGGACCUGGGAGAGUGCAUGAAAGUGCAUGACUUGGCACUCCGAGCUGAUUACGAGAUUGCCUCUAAGGAGCAGGAAUACUUCUUUGAACUUGAUGCCGCUGAACACCUUCAGUCUUUCAUUGCUGACUGUGACCGCAGAACUGAGCUGGCCAAGAAAAGACUAGCAGAAACACAGGAUGAGAUCAGCGCUGAAGUGGCUGCGAAGGCUGAACGUGUCCACGAGCUUAACGAAGAGAUCGGGAAGCUGCUGGCCCGGGCAGAGCAGCUGGGAGGCGAGGGGAAUGUAGAAGAGGCCCAGCAGCUGCUGGAAAAAGUGGAGAAGACCCGGGCUUUAAAGAAGGAAGCAGAGGAUAUUUACCGGAACUCAAUGCCUGCCUCAAGCUUUCAACAGCAAAAACUGCGAGUGUGUGAGGUGUGCUCUGCCUACUUGGGUCUCCAUGACAAUGACCGCCGCCUGGCUGACCACUUUGGGGGGAAGCUGCACCUCGGUUUUAUUGAAAUCCGUGAGAAGCUUGAAAAGCUAAGGAAAGCUGUUGUCGACAAACAAGAAAGAAUGCGCACGCGGCGGCGAGAGGAACGUGAAAAAGAAGAUGAAAGAGAGCGACAGUGGGAGCUGGAGAGGGAGCGGGAGAAAGAACGGGAAAGGGAGCGAGAGAGAGAAAGACAGCGGGAACGAGAGCGAGAGUGGGAGAGAGAAAGGGACCGAAGGAGGUCAAGAUCUAGGAGUGGAGACCGAUACAGGGAUGGAGGCAGUUCGUCCUCCCAUCGUUCAAGGCGCCACCGCUCCUCUCACUCCAGAGAAGAAGGUGGGGAACGGGAUCGGGAGAGGGAGAGGGAGAGGGAGAGGAAACAUCGACACAAGGAUAGACAUCGCUCACGCUCCCACUCACACAGACGCAAAAAGAAAAGAUCCUCCAAGGACAGAUCAUCUCACACCCGCGACAGAGAGCGCUCAGUGUCUCAGGAGAGAUGGAGGGAGGGUGCAGGAGAUGGAUGGCGUGGCGACAGAGCAGAUUACAGAGACUGGGAGGACAGGGAGAGGUCCACCUCUCCAGACAUGGCCAGGGAAAAGGAACGAGAGAGAUCAGUGUCGUGCGAACGGGACCGACGGUCCAGCUCGGAAGAGCGAGAGUCCGGGGAGAUAUGAACAGCAGGGGGCGCCUCCAAAGAGUUUAAUUUGGAUAUAUUAUUUAGUAAAAAACAUAAUAAGAGCAUGGAGAGAUGUGAGCCUGCUGGUGCGAGUGUGUGCGCUUGUGUUGACUUUGUAUACGUGUUCAUGUUGAAAACGGGACAUGUAUAUUAGGUGGGGUGGUGGUCGGUGGUGGUGGUCACAGAAACAUGCAAACCAGUUUUAUAAGAAUGAGGCGAGGCUGAUCUGGAAGCAGUGUAGUCGUCAUUUUUCAUGUCAUGUCAAUGGUCCUGUGUACAGUUACUUUCACACUGAUGAGGGGAAGAGUGGUGAGAAGACUGCUUUAAGUCCAUUUUUAUUUUACUCACACAAAGUGCUGUAUUUUUUUAUCCUUAGUUUAAUGUUAAUACUGUUUAUCCCGUUCCCUUAGGAACCUCAGUUUCAGUAGCAUGUUCAGUCUCGAUAAUGUGGCGUGGCCCUUGCAGUAAUGCUUGAAAUGAGGUGUGAAUGACUGAAGGCACUUCUUAUGGUUGUUUUACUUGCUGCCUUCAAGCCAUGACAAUCUCAUUUCGCAGAUUUGACAUGCAUCGGUUAAGAUGCUGUGAUGAGCUUGUACUUUGAAUAUAAACUCACUCACUCUCACCCACCCAAAAUAUGUCAUCCGAGUAUUUCUCCCUAGACCAGGAGGUAUAUAAAUUAUGUGAAUAUUUGACUUGACACUUUUCAGAGGGGGGGGGGGUCAACUUUGCUGUGCCACCAUUAAUUGAAUGAUUUUGUAUUUAUUUUUUUUUGGCUUCCAUUCAAACAAAAAAUGUUAUCCAGAUUUCUCUCUAACUUGUCUCCUGCUUUUUACAGCUGCAUCAGAUUAAACCCACCUUGGCAGCAAAA